AACACGUGAAGGCAACAAAAGUUUAGAGUACAGAGUUGAGAUAUCUGAAGCAAUGGAGGAAAACAACAGAAGUGCGGACGCCAAUUUUGCUCCAGACCCGGGGGGAGCGGGGACGACGGCGCGAGACGCCCCACGUGACCCCGGCCCCGCGGCGGCGGUCAGCGGGCUGCUGAGCGAACAGGGCCGCUUCGGCUUCGCUGCACUGUGCGCGGUCUCUCUCGGCCAGCUGUUCACGGGACCGGAAAGCAGCGUGUUCAGGGAGAAGUAUCUGCAGGGCCUGGUCUGCUGGCUGAACCUGGAUGAGUCGGUGCUGCCGGUGAUGGGGGCCUUCCUGUCGGGUUUGGGCUUCGAAGGCUCAGACACCUUCCUCUCCAUCCUACAGGCCGAGCCACUGCUAGCCGCGGGGGCCACCCCCAUCAUACAGGAUCUGGUGUCGUUUUCUGUGAAGGACGGCCAGUAUGAUGCCAGGUCGAGGGUCCUCAUCCGUCACGUCAGCUGUCUGCUACGAGUCUCUGCACAGCAGCUGGAGGAGUUUGAGCAAACGCUGGGGGAGAGGCUGAGGGAGGGAGGAGAGGAGAGCGAAGAGGAGUCCUCUAGGCGGCUGAGGAGAGAAAGAGGGCGGAAGCUGCGACGCUACCUCCUUAUUGGACUAGCCACCGUGGGCGGGGGAACUGUGAUUGGGGUGACUGGUGGGCUGGCGGCCCCCUUGGUGGCGGCAGGGGCCGGCGCUGUGCUGGGGGCCGGAGGGGCCGCUGCUCUGGGCUCGGCCACCGGCAUUGCAAUCAUGGCCUCCAUGUUUGGAGCAGCAGGAGCUGGACUGACUGGCUACAAGAUGAACAAGUGUGUCGGGGCGAUAGAGGAGUUUGAAUUCUUGCCGCUGCGCUCCGGGAAGCAUCUUCACCUGACCAUCGCGGUGACGGGUUGGCUCUGCACUGGUAAAUACAGUUCGUUCCAGGCCCCCUGGUGCAGCCUGGGGGAGUGCGGGGAGCAGUUCUGCCUGGUGUGGGAGUCGCGUUUCCUCAGGGAUCUGGGCUCGGCCAUGGCCUCUCUGUUGGACGGGCUGGUCAGCAUGGUGGCCCAGGAGGCGCUCAAGUACACCGUGCUCUCAGGCAUCGUGGCGGCCCUGACGUGGCCCGCGUCGCUGCUGGCGGCGGCCAGCGUCAUCGACAACCCCUGGUGCGUUUGCCUGAACCGCUCGGCUGAAGUGGGGAAACACCUGGCGCAGGUUCUGAGAAGCAGACAGCAGGGGAAGCGGCCCGUCAGCCUUAUAGGAUUCAGUCUCGGGGCCCGAGUGAUCUACUACUGUCUGCAGGAGCUCGCCAACGACCAAGGUAGUGAAGGAGUAGUAGAGGAUGUAGUCCUCUUGGGGGCCCCUGUGGACGGCUCCGAGAAGGCCUGGGCGAAGAUUACCAGGGUCGUGGCUGGAAAAAUAGUCAACGGCUACUGCAGAGGGGACUGGCUCCUGGGGUUCUUGUACCGAAGUUCGGCUGCCCAGAUGUCCGUUGCCGGGCUGCAGCCCAUCAACAUCCAGGAUCGGCGUGUGAUCAACGUGGACCUCUCCUCCGUGGUCAAAGGUCACCUGGACUACAUGCGACAGAUGGACACCAUCUUAGUGGCCGUGGGAGUUCCCACCAAGGAAGUCCCAGGAGCCUCCUUUGUGCUUCCGGGGACGGUGGACAUGUCUGAGGAAACUCCCAGCGAGCAACGAGCGACUGAGACACAACGGCGAGCCGAGGAGCCGGAGCCUCGUGCAGGGGACAGUGGAGACGUGAGGGAGGACGAGGAGGCGGUGGAGGCGGGUGACGGCUGGGACAUCCCUGAUAUUUCAUACCUGCUGGACUUACCAAACGACGCGGAAUCGGACAGGAACACUUCAGCGUGUGAUUCUGAGGAGAAGGCAAGUGGUGGCGAUGCGGUGCCGCCUUCUAAGUCCCUCCCGCCUGACGGUGCGGAGGAUGCUGAGCCUGAUAAUGAACCGGUAUCAUGGAGCUGGGAUGAUACACAGUGGACCACGGAACACACGCACAAACAAAGGCAGGCAGACUUGUAAAGAGCGUUUCACUGGGACCGGCUGCUUCUUAUCCGUUCCGUUCUCUGCACACCGAUGUUGCCCAGAGGGAUGAAGAGCCCGUCCACAUAUGGCAGCUAAAAGGGAAAAUCCCCUCACUAAAUGUUUUUAGGAAAUUUUCAAAUGAAGUACUUUUUUUUUUCUUUUUCUUUUUU